AUGGGCGCAUGUGCUGGCAAGAGUAAAUCGAAUGCAAACAAGACCAUGAAAGUUUCAGAUAAGAAUCAAGCAACGAAUUCCUCUUCAUUGACAUCGAAGGACUUACCAGUUACAAAAGAUGAGAUUACGAAUGAGUACUCGACGUCAAUUAACAAAGUAUCUGAUGAACCGGUUGACACUGGUCGAAUGUUUCCGAUACGUAUUGUGUCAGUUUCCGAUUCGGAACUUGAGAUCGAAUUGGCUUAUCUGGUCUAUGGACAUCCGGAAAACGAAUAUGCAGAAAAGCCAUGGCAUGGAAGCACGAUUAUAAGCGCUGAAGUUUAA